AUGGAAGACUUUAAGGCGAUGGUAGAAGAAGAUGGAGACUUCCCGCGAUACACCGAUAUACUGAGAGGAACGGGAGAGAGGAGAACGGGAGAGAGGAGAACGGGAGAAAGGAGAACGGGAGAAAGGAGAACGGGAGAGGAGGAGAACGGGAGAGGAGGAGAACAGGGACAGAACAGGGGAGAGGAGAACAGGAGAGAGGAGAACGGGAGAGAGGAGAACGGGAGAGAGGAGAACGGGAGAGAGGAGAACGGGAGAGAAGAGAACAGGAGAGAGGAGAACAGGAGAGAAGAGAACAGGAGAGAAGAGAACAGGAGAGAAGAGAACAGGAGAGAAGAGAACGGGAGAGAGGAGAACGGGAGAGAGGAGAACGGGAGAGAGGAGAACGGGAGAGAGGAGAACGGGAGAAAGGAGAACGGGAGAGAGGAGAAGAACAGGAGAGGAGAAGAACAGGAGAGAGGAGAACGGGAGAGAGGAGAAGAGAGAACAGGAGAACGGGAGAGAGGAGAACGGGAGAGAGGAGAACGGGAGAGAGGAGAAGAGAGAACAGGAGAGAAGAGAGAACAGGGGAGAAGAGAACGGGAGAGAGGAGAACGGGAGAGAGGAGAACAGGGGAGAGGAGAACAGUGGAAUAGGCAAGAGGAGAGGACAACAGGAGAAUGGAGAACAGAGAGAGGAGAGAACAGACAGAGGAGAACAGGGGAGAGUAUAGACUGUAAGCUCAUCUGA